AUGGUCAUUCGCAGGCAGGCACAGGCAGCAGCAGGUCAAAAGCCUAGCCUUACUCACAAAUCAUCUUGCAUAAGAACUUGCAUUUUAUCCUUCAUGAAUUAGUUCCAUAUUUUAGGUAAAAUGAGCAAUUCAAGCUCCUCAUCGUGGAUAUCUACAGAACCAUCAACCCGAGUUUUAUAAGAAAGAGAGCUAGAAGCCCAAUGCCGCCUUAAUCUCGAAGGAAACCCCCGACUCACAAAGUUAGAUGAAGAAGGAACAUUUGCUAGACUAGUGCCACAGAACAAAUAUGCACGAGAAGCAUUCAAAAAACUGGCUGAAACGGCGACAAGAGAAGAUCCCAUUUAUCGUCAUCAUAAACAAUUUUUACAUGUGGAUGGACGUAGAGAUAUCGAUCCACUAGAACGAGAAGACUGCUUUGUAUUCUCGCUUGGGAACUUACCUGAGUUUCCAACAAAAGGCUGGAGAAUUGGAAGCGGCCGAAAGAAUCGAUCCCACUUAUCCGUGGAUAUUUGUAUCCAUGAGGGAGAAGGGAUUGCAGGGCUUCAUGCGCGUUUUUGUUGGGUCAAGGGUGGUGGUGGCUUCUUUCUCGUCGCUGAUAAUUUGCGCGAAGUACCCGUCAUGUUGAACGGAGAAGUUCUUAAACGAACUCAAAGAUUAAUCCCAUAUCGGAAUUCCAUUACACUUGGGGAGUGUAAUUUCAGCCUUCAAUUCCAAGAACGGUCACCUGAACAAGAGGAGCAAUUUCAAAUUGAACUGUCGGCUUUUUAUCUCAAGGUAAGCCUCUUUAGUGUUUUCCAUAUCAAUAGAACCCACUUCAGAUUGGAUUCAGUAUUAUUUCAUAUUUGUUGUUUUUCUUCUGGAGAAAAAGAAUUAUGGUAUCCGGAACUCUUGAGUACUUCCAUCUCUCGAUACCUUUUGGACAAUUCUAUAUCCUUUAAGCCCUUACACAAAUACAUCCAACAUCGGCUAGAGAUUCAUGAGAAUCAUUCCACUGGCCCGCAGCGGGUUAUUUGCAUUGACUUGGAGAAGUUUCCUCGUUAUGCAGCAGUUAUCAUAAAUCUCAUAUCUUUCUCGUAACAUAUAUAACAAGCACCAACUGACCCUGACGAUUCUUUUAAAGGUCAUGCAAGAAAAUGCCCCGAUGUUACUACCAACUGCCUCAGGGAAUGAAGUAACGAUUGGAAACUGGAUAGUAAGAAAUCCAAUAGCAAGUGGAAGCUACGGUCGCGUAUCAGUAGUAUAUCAUAUAUACACUGGGUAAGCCGCAGCUGCAAAGGAGCUCUGGAGGACUCAGCGCAAUAAAGCUUCGGUGAAUCGCGAAGUAUAUAUAGCAAAAUAUUUGCAGAACUAUAAUCAUGUUUGUGCCCUCUUUAGUUCUUGAAUUCACUCCAGUAAACUGACGAAGUCCUCAAAUAGGAAAGACUGGGUAUCCCCUUUGAGUUGUACCAAAAGACCAUAGUCGACGCCGCUGAAAAAGCACGCUACGCCAAACUCCUCGACUCAAACGUAAGCGAAUAGUGUUUUCAUCCCAUUUCCCAAACAUCAUUUCUCCCAUAUCCAAAACCAUAAACUUCUAACACCCCAAAGUGGACCCCUUCAUCGUCCGACGCCAUCUCCCUCCACAUCCUCUACUCCCCCCUUUCAACAUCCACCUUCUCAACCCUCAUUAAAUCCCUUGACUCCCCCUUAACCCGCACCCAACUCUUCACCCAACUCCUUGAAGGAAUCGCCUACCUCCACUCCAUCGGUAUCACCCACCGCGACAUCAAGCCCGGUAACAUAACAGUCCGUUCCUACGAUCCUCCUAGCUGUCAAAUCAUCGAUUUCGGCUGUGCGACCAGGAACAAGAAAACGCUUUACGAUAGACCGGGUACCGUGGCGUAUUUGGCGCCUGAGCAGAAGGAGGGAUUGUGGCAUGCUAAAGAGGUGGAUUAUUGGGCCUGUGCGCUGGUUGGGACGGAAUUGGUAGGGUAUAUGAGGAGAGGGAAUGAUAGGGUUGAGGGGGCAAGUUUCGAGAGGUUAUGUAGCUGGUUGGAUGUGGAGAUAGAAGGGGAGAGGGAGAAGGGGGCGUUGGCUCAGACUUGUAAAGCAAUGCUGAAAGUUGAGCCCGGGGCGAGGAUGUCGGUUAGGGAAGUGUUGGAAGGGAUUUUAGGGGAGUACGGGGAUGGAAAGAAGGGCAGGAAGAGGGUUACUGAGGGGAAAAUUGGGGAAGCAUCUUCGCCCAAGGGCAUAAGGGUUGUGUAG